UUCACAACUCAUAAUCAAAGAGAGAAAGAAUUGUAAAAAAGCAGAUCCAAGGUGGUGGUUAAGCUGUCAUCCGUCAAUCAAUCAAUCAAACCCCAAAGAGAGACCAAUCAUCAAUCACCAAUCAAAUUUAUAAAAGAAAAGAGAAGAAAAGGAAUCAUCAUGUCAUCCUCCAAUUCUGCUUCUUCGACCUUGUCCCUCGACCACCUUGCUCCUUCCGAGCAGCUCUGCUAUGUCCAUUGCAACAUUUGCGACACUGUCCUUGCGGUGAGUGUUCCUUGCACAAGUUUGUUCAAGACUGUGACGGUCCGAUGUGGCCACUGCACCAACCUGCUUCCAGUGAACAUGCGUGCUCAGCUUCUGGCCCCUUUCCCCAAUCAGUUUCAUCAUCUCGGUCACUCCUUCUUCUCCCAAGCAAAUUCUCAUAACCUUCUGGACCAGGAGAUUCCAAUGAAUUCAGCCCCAAACUUUCUGAUGAACAAUCAAACUAGCAGCCUGAAUGACUUUGCUGUAAGACCAAGAGUAGUAGCUGAUGAGCUCCCAAGGCCCCCAGUUAUCAACAGACCUCCGGAGAAGAGACAGAGAGUCCCCUCAGCCUACAACCGCUUCAUCAAGGACGAAAUCCAACGCAUCAAGUCUGUGAAUCCUGAUAUAUCCCAUAGAGAAGCCUUCAGCGCAGCUGCUAAGAAUUGGGCCCACUUUCCACACAUUCACUUUGGUCUCAUGCCUGACCAGAACACUGUGAAGAAGACAAAUGUGCGCCAGCAGGAAUCUGCAGAAGAUGUUCUGAUGAAAGAUCACAAUGGGUUUUUCGCUGCUGCUAAUAACAAUGUGCGAGUCUCUCCUUACUGAGUAAGUUAGCGAAUAUCUUGCUAACUGCAGCCCCUUUCGCCUCAGCCUUCAUCAUCUGUUUGAUACGUAAACAACGUGGUGGGAGAAAGAUUCUAGUGAUUAAUUAUGUUUGUUGUUAAUUAUGCUUAAGAACUACUACCUCCAAAUCUCUAAUUAGUUAAUUUCUUCGCAAUCUAUAUGAUAAUUAAGGCUAGU